UCAGAAUCCCCGCCGUUGACUGCCAGCACAACCCACCUCAGCACCACGAAACCUCCGAGCUCGAGCACCGUAGCACUGCCUCAUGUUUCCCUCCCCUUCCCUCUCUUUAAACUCCCGAGCUUUCCAUGCAGGCCACGUAAAGCCUUUCGUUAACCUGCUUCAACUGCCGCAACCACUUCCGCCAACCGAACUCGGUACCUGAAUCGGCUUGCUUUAUUCGGACCACCGCGCCACCGCCCACCAUGGGCUUCUUCGACAACCUCAUGCUCCAGAUGGACGAGGGCGUUUCGGGCCUGUUCGGACAAUGGAACGCAUACACCACUGCCCUCGUCACCCUCCUUGUCGCUAUUGUUUCCUACCGAGUCGUUUCUAGCCAGGAUCCCGAUACCCAUCCCAUGCUUCUUGCGCGCCAGGCUCAAGGCUCGCCCGUUCGACAACCAGGAGAAUCCCCCGUCUACCGGUCCCACUCUGCCCCCCAUGGCAUGCCUUUGAACACGGGGCUCAACGUCAAGGACGCUGGCGCUUCCAAAUGGACGAGAGGACGCGAUGGAGAUCUUCGGGAUAUUUGGAGAAGGGCGGCGACCGGCGCCUCCGAAGACGAGGGCAAGUCGUCUGCGGGCAAGGGCCGGCUGUUGACCGUCCUGGGCUCCGAGAACGUCGUCGAGCACCAGCUCGACGACAUCACCCGCCAGAUCAACCUCAUCGGCCGACACAUCCACGAGCAGGGAGGCAUCCGCAUUGCCAUCUACCUGCCCAACUCCAUUGAGUUGUUGGUUGCACUAUUCGCCUGCAGUUUUUAUCCCAACCUCACAGCCAUUCUGAUCCCUUUUGAUGUCUCGGACGAAGAGCUCAUCAUGAUGCUGCGUCGUUCUGCUGCGGAUACCGUCGUCACCGCUCCCGGCGCAUUCCCCUUCGACCCGGUAGUCAAGGCAUACCCCGCCCUCCGUCAGGUUAUCUGGGUUGUGGACGAGGGCAGUGCUCAUAUGGACUGGAACGAAGUUCCCCAAGGCAUGGGAGGCAGCGUUAAUGUCGCGACUUGGCAGGAGAUCCUUCGCGAGGCCCCUGCGGAAGCCGCCAAGGAAUUGCCCCCCGUCGACAAGAAGACCGAGGCGAAGGAUGUCAUCAGCUUCUGGCAGUCAACGCCCGGAACCAUGGAAGAGAUGGUGCGCUUUACCCAGUCCAACCUGGUAUCCGGAGUGGCUGCCCAGCUCGCUGCAGUUCCGUCGACACAACGUCUUGGCCCCUCUGACCUCUUCUUGCCGGCCGACUCCUUGACAAACAUCCACACACUCAUCCUGACGUUGGCUGCUUUGUAUUCCAACGCCUCCGUCGCCUUGAACUCCGUCGCUGGGAAAUCUACCGACCUGGUCCUUGCCACCCAGGGCGUUGCUCCCACAGUGUUGGUUUUGACCCCCGAGACCCUGCUGAAGACGCACCGGGAGUCAACCAGCCGCUCGUCCUCUGCGUUGGCUAAGGUUGCUCACUGGGCGCAGUCUCGUAGUCUCACGGAAAACGGUGUCAUGCCCGUCGCCUCUAUCGCUGCGCGUUUCAACAGCGCAUCUCGACCCGCCAUCGGCACUGCCCCUGGGAAACUGCGCCUGAUCUACGUGGCAGACAGAGUCGGGGCUGGAUCGCCGCCGCUGUCAUCCCGCGUCCUCUCUGACAUUCGCGUCUUUACCGGCGCUAGGGUUAUCUACGCCCUUACUGCCCCCAAGGUUGCAGGCGCUGUCGCCCAGACUGGCUACUACGACUACAGAGUCCACGAUGAUGAGCAGUCACACUUUGGCCCGCCCCUGACGAGCACCGAGAUACUCCUGAGAGACACCGAGAAACACAAGAACGCCGAUCAAUCGUAUCAGGGAGAGAUUAUCGUCCGAGGUCCCUGUGUCGCGGGCAACGAAGCUAGCAUCAAAGUUGCAGGCAAGAUUCGGGACGACAACACCUUGGCGUACGCAUGAGUUUGCCUUGUCUGUUCAUAACAGGGUUGGAUGGUCUGGGAAGAUGGAUUACUGAUGAAAAUGCAUCCAAAUUAAAGCCGGCCUCAUAUCCCCUCAACGACGGUGAAGAGUUGACACAGGCCGCAAACCCGGCAUACAGAUCAAUGCACACCUCCUGUCCAUUACUCUUGCCGAUUUAUCAAACAAGAGCGUGACUUGAAUCGGUGCCAUUGCUUGCUCGCGGUGGUUGUAGACUAUGACCUGAUUUCGACUACGAUCCAAUGCCACCUCCACCGGGCUUUUGGCGAGAGACGUAAUUCUCUUCUCUUGUAUUUUACAACACAUAUGCGCUUU